AUGAUGAAGUGCAAAUAUUACCUGCUUGGUUUGCCCCACUUCACUUUGAUGACAGACCAUAGACCCCUGGUGCCCAUACUCAACUCGUACACGUUAGAUGCAAUUGAUAAUCCCCGACUACAACACCUGAAAGAGAAGAUAGCAAGUUAUGUCUUCACAGCUACGUGGCGUAAAGGAAAGGAACUAGCAAUCCCAGAUGCCCUUUCCCGUGCUCCAGUGGAUUCACCGUCCCCUGAAGAUAUCGCUCUUAGUGAUGACACACGUCACUAUGUCAGAUGUGUAGUCACUCAGCGUAUGGCCACUGAGUGCAGCAUCAGGGACAAUACAGACAAGUGA